AUGGCGGACGCUGCGACCGACAGCAAGCGCCGUAUCAAGAAGCUCACGACCGAGAAGCUGCAGCAAUUCCGUGACGAGAUCGUAAAGCGUAAUGGGCAGCAAGUAGACCUCACGGGCCGCGGCAUUGAGAGCAUCGUGAGCUUCGAGGGACUACAGACCGCCACCAAGCUGGAUCUGAGCCACAACAAGCUCUCAAAACUCUCACAGCUCAGAUCCGUGCCACGUGUGACGAUGCUCAAACUCACAGACAACAAACUGAACGGUGAUGGUCUGGCUGAGAUCCAGCACCUUAAGAAGCUCGUAAUCCUCAACGCCGCUGAGAACCAUGUGACGCGCAUUCCGUUCGAAGUGUUGCGCAAUGUUCGCACGCUUAAGGCGCUGGUACUCAACAACAACUCCAUUUCAGCAUUGGACUGGAUGCCUAAGUUGCCGGAACUCAACUCGUUCAUUGUGAGCAACAACCGCAUCGCGCAGAUCCCACAACGCGUGGUGGACGGACUCCCGAGCCUCAAGAAGAUCUCCAUGUACGACUCUCAUAACCUAUUGGAGGAGAUCCCGAAUUUGAGCCAAUUAUCGGAGAUCACGGAGCUGCGUCUUUCGCACAACAAGUUAAAAAAGAUCCCGACGCAUUUGGCACAGCUGAAGAAUCUCAAAGUGUUGGAGUUGAGUCACAACCAGAUUGACGAUUGGUCUGGACUGGAGGCUCUGAGCUCGCUUGAGAAUUUACGACAAUUGAAUUUGAUCGGCAACCCCAUAUGCGGAAAGAAGCUGGAGGUCGCUCCGACGUCUGGCGAGGAGGAGGAAAGCAGUGGCAGUGAGAACGAUGAAGAGGGCAGUGACGACAUUGAUAGUGAUGACGAUAAGAAGAAGAAACGCAAGUCGAAAAGCAAGAAGACCGACAUUUCUGAGGACGAGAAGAAGCAGAUUAAGGAGGCGAAGAAACUCGACGCCAAGCACAAGCAGUACAACUUCAAGAUGAAGCGGCUGUUCCCGAACUUGGUUGUGCGUGAUGCCGCUCGUGUGCUGGACAAGCGUGUGCAUGGCUACGUUGCUCCACCUAAGGAGGAGAAGAAAGCGAAGGUCUCAGACAAUAAGCAGAAGAAGCCUAUCACGGGAAAACGUAAACGUGACGAGGAUAAGAAGAAGAAAGCGAAAACCAAAGAGGAGUCUCAGAAGGCUGCACCUACUAACAGCGAUGCAGACAAGGCACCUAAGAAAGAAAAGAAAGCUUCCAAGAAGCACAAGAGCGAGCAGCUCGAUACGGAGGUUUCUGCCACCUCUGAACCUGAGAAAAAGAAGGCAAAACGUCAUAAGAAGCAAGUGGAACCCAGCGAGUCGACACCCCUGGAGGUUGAUCAGGCUGCGUCUGCAUCUAAGAAUGACGCGAAGGUGGAGAAGAAAGCUACGAAGGAGAAGAAACGAAAGGAGAAGCAGGACAAGAAGAAAAACAAGCGGCAGCCCAAGGAGAUUGCAAGCGGUGUGGUGGCUGUGAAGCAGUUCAAGAAGGCCAAGAAAAGUAAAAGCACUGAGACCAAGCCCGUGGACUUAACGCAGAUCAACUUUACACCUGACGUUGGCUUCGGAGGCUCCUCCGCGUGGGAUUAGCUUCAACUUGCAUUUGUGAAUUGCACACCAAAUAGAUUUUUUUCUGCCGGC